GUGCAAAGAACAGUGAUAAUCAUAUAACUGGAAAAACAAAGGUUUUUAUUUUAGAUUGAGCAUCUCCGCAGAAGUUACAGUUUUAUCCUUUUUUAAGAAAUAGAACUGUGUUUCCGAAAGAAGAAACUACAGUUUUAGCAUGCAGAAAGGAAAAGGGAGAACAAGCCGCAUCAGAAGACGAAAACUCUGCAGGAGUUCUGAAUCAAGAGGAGUGAAUGAGAGCUACAAGUCUGAAUUUAUAGAGCUAAGGAAGUGGCUGAAAGAUAGGAAGUUUCAAGAUUCGAACUUAGUGCCUGCUCGUUUUCCAGGUACAGGAAGAGGGCUGAUGAGCCAAACAUCCCUGCAGGAGGGACAGAUGAUUAUUUCAUUGCCAGAGAGUUGCCUGCUCACCACUGACACAGUGAUUCGAAGCUACCUAGGGGCGUACAUUACUAAGUGGAAGCCUCCUCCAUCUCCUCUGCUGGCACUGUGCACCUUUUUAGUUUCAGAAAAGCAUGCUGGUGACCGAUCUCUUUGGAAGCCUUACCUGGAGAUUUUACCCAAGGCCUAUACCUGCCCUGUUUGUUUGGAGCCGGAAGUGCUGAACCUUUUUCCCAAAUCUUUAAAAGCAAAGGCUGAAGAGCAGAGAGCCCAUGUGCAGGAGUUCUUUGCUUCCUCCAGAGACUUUUUCUCUUCUCUGCAGCCUCUGUUUGCUGAGGCUGUUGACAGCAUCUUCAGCUACAGUGCCCUGCUGUGGGCUUGGUGCACUGUCAACACCAGAGCCGUGUACCUGAGGCCCAGGCAGCGGGAAUGCCUUUCUGCAGAGCCGGACACCUGUGCACUUGCUCCGUACCUGGACCUGCUGAAUCAUAGCCCACAUGUCCAGGUAAAAGCAGCAUUUAAUGAAGAAACUCACUGUUACGAAAUUAGAACGACUUCACGUUGGAGAAAACAUGAAGAGGUGUUCAUCUGUUACGGCCCUCACGAUAAUCAACGGCUGUUCCUGGAAUAUGGAUUUGUUCCCGCACACAAUCCUCAUGCUUGUGUUUAUGUCCCGAGAGAAAUACUUGUUAAAUAUCUUCCAUCAGCAGAUAAACAAAUGGACAAAAAGAUUUCCAUCUUAAAGGAUCAUGGCUAUAUAGAAAAUUUGACAUUCGGAUGGGAUGGACCAUCUUGGAGGUUACUCACAGCCCUUAAGUUGUUAAGUCUGGAAGCUGAAAAAUUUACAUGCUGGAGAAAAGUACUUCUUGGGGAAGUAAUUUCAGAUACGAAUGAGAAGACGAGUUUGGAUAUAGCCCAGAAAAUAUGCUAUUAUUUCAUAGAAGAGACUACUGCUAUGCUUCAAAAGGUGUCUCGUACGAAGGAUGAAAAAGAGGCUCUGAUAAACCAGCUAACUCUGGUGGAAUCCCUGUGGACGGAAGAGCUAAAGAUUCUCAGGGCAUCUGCCGAGACUCUGCAUAGUUUGCAAACAGCUUUUACCUGACUUCACCGAAGCGUGUUUGGUCACCUCCUCUGGUGGGUGUGACUUACACAUUUUAGACUAAGGUUUGAUGGACUAAAUUUCCAUAGUUUAGAGUCGAUGAGUGGCUUCUACUCAACAGUUAGGAACUUAGUCCUUUUCCUUUUGCUUUUCCACAGAAACAGAAGUUAAUUUGAAGACAGCCAUCAAGGGCUGGGGUGGUGGCCGCCCCCAGGACAUGCAGGAGUCUGCAGGGGCAGCACAGGCUCUGGGAUUGUGGGGCAGAGUGCAGGUGGACCAGCUGUCUGCAUGGCACCUCUAAUGCUCUUCAGAAGAAAGUGCUGAGCUGUGAGGAGAGAGGCGGACUGCAAGGGAGCCAGGAGCCAGCCGCACUCCGUGUGUGUGAUCUGUCACCAUGGGGCCUGCUUCUUAUCUGACACAGCAGCCAUCAGAGUCAAGCGGUCGUGCUUUUAAGAUGCUCUGAUACCAUUGGGUUAAGGGGCAGGUUGGCGGGGGGUGGCUUUGGGCUGUGCGGAUGGGGCAGUGGGAGGCAGUUCUGGGUCCCUGACAAGGUAGCCCAGCCUCCAGCCCUUUCCUGUGUAGACUCACUGGUAGGUGUUGAAGAGCCCUCCGAGGGGACACAGGGAUUCCAGGAGGAGGGAGUUUCCCCCAAACAUGCUCCUGGCCUUUCAAAUGCCCAAGGCAGGGGCUUAUCUAAUUAUUAACUUGGGAAGAAUCGCCGGCUCAGCCCGCGGCUCUUUCUGCUUUGUUCUGCCGUCUUUCCUGGGUAGGCCUUUCCACCAGGGGAGCUGGCCCCCACUCACAGCGGGGCCUUGGUGGGCCUGUCUGCUUGAUUCUGGGCUUCAGUGUACAUCAGCUGAUGGCAGACCAUGGUGGUGGUUUGGCCUCUGUUCUUAUUCUUUUGAGUUUCGAUCCCCCUCAGAUCCGGGGUGGGGAGGAGGGGACGCUUCCUGCACAGCUCUCAGGGAGCUUCUGAGGGUGCCACCCCCGUAACUGAGGGGCUGCUUGUUCUGUUCAGGCCUGUGCCGGGGUCGCUGCUUAGACACUGUUGCCCAGAGUCCUGUUUUCCCUCCCAGGGGUCCGUCCUUCCCAAGAACUCAAAUUCCUUUCUCACUGGAGCCCAGCAAAACUAAGUGAACGGGGCCUGCUGGCCUCAGAAGGCAGGCAGAGUUUAAAAUAAGACAUUCUCAUGAUUUCUUGAACAUCUUUCCCUGUUCGUAUAUACAGUUUAUUUUAUCUAAUAGUUGCAGUACCUUCCUUUCUUUUCUUCACUGUUCAGUAUCAUGCAGUGUAUUUCACAAUGUGCUGUAUGGAGGGUGGGCAGACUCUUCUGUAGAGGGCCACAUAGUGGCCAUUUGAAGCUUCCUGGACCGUGGUCUUGGUCCCAGCGAUUCUGCGGAGCAGCCGUCAGCAGCGUGGCAACCACUGCAAGGCUGGCUCUGGGAAGCUCUCCAGCGACAGCUGCGGGCCGUAGUCUGCCGACCCCUGUGCUGUGCCGGAAUUUCUUUCUCCUGUUCCCUAUUGGUGGACCUAAAUAUGUUAAUUCCUUUACCGUUUUCAAGAUGGACACCCCCUUGAACAUUAAAAACCUUGCGGACCCUACGUGGUCACGGUG